CUGGGUCAACAGAUUCGACUUCUGCUGAAGUACGUUGGCGAGCCCUUUGAUCAGGUCUUCUACGAGGCGGGUCCAGCUCCUGACUUCUCAAGGGAACAGUGGCUCUCCAAGAAGGAUAGGCUGGGUCUGGACUUUCCAAACUUACCCUACUUCAUCGACGGCAGCUUGCGACUGACGCAGUCCAGUGCCAUCUUGGAGUAUAUUGCUGACAAGCAUGGAAUGUGUAAGUUGCACAGUCAUACUCUACAACUUGCAUAA